CACGUAGGGGGCUGGCCUGCCCGCGACGCGGGGGAAAGUUGAGUUCGGAGAAGUUGGGAGCGGCGGGGGGCACGCCCCGAGGUGGGCCCAGGGGAAGCCGUCGGGAGCGCGCGAGGGCUCCAGAGCCGGCGGGGAGAGAGACCCCGAGACCCCUGGAGCGCCAGGUCCAGAGGAAGCGGGUUAUGCCGCCACCUCAUCUCCCUGAAAGCCGCAGCUACAGCGAGAAGGGCUAAGAUUUGGCCAUGAGCAGCGGCCCCCGGCGCCCCGCGUCGGGCGCAGAUUCCUUCCGCACGCCAGAGCCUGAGAGCCUGGGCCCCGUGACGGUACCCGGCUUUGCAGCUGAGCAAGAGGAGGAUGAACUCCACCGCACCCUGGGCGUGGAGCGGUUCGAGGAGAUCCUUCAGGAGGCGGGGUCCCGAGGAGGGGAGGAGCUCGGCCGCAGCUAUGGGGAGGAAGACUUUGAAUACCAUCGCCAGUCUUCCCAUCACAUCCACCACCCGCUGUCCACCCACCUGCCUCCCGACACCCGGCGCCGAAAGACACCCCAGGGCCCAGGGCGGAAGCCCCGCAGGCGCCCUGGAGCCUCCCCGACCGGAGAGACCCCCACCAUCGAGGAGGGCGAGGAAGAGGAGGAUGAGGCCAGUGAGGCCGAGGGGUCCCGGGCCCUCAGCCAGCCGUCACCUGCCUCCACACCCUCUUCCGUGCAGUUCUUCCUCCAGGAGGAUGAAGGUGCCGACCGGAAGGCAGAAACCACCAGUCCCUCUCCGCCUCCACCCCAGCCCCACCAGGAGGCAGCUCCCCGGGCCACCAAAGCGGCCCAGACUGGGGCCCAGGUGGAGGAGGUGGUGCCCGUGGCCAGCGGCACAGCGGGAGGUGAUGAUGGGGGUGCCUCUGGGCGCCUCCUGACCAAGGCGCAGCCCGGGCACCGCAGCUACAACCUGCAGGAGAGGAGACGCAUUGGAAGCAUGACGGGGGCUGAGCAGGCACUGCUGCCCCGGGUCCCCACGGACGAGAGCGAGGCGCAGACGCUGGCCACGGCCGACCUGGACCUCAUGAAGAGUCACCGGUUUGAGGACGUUCCUGGGGUACGGCGACACUUGGUGCGGAAGAAUGCCAAAGCAUCUGCUCAGAGUGGCCGGGAAGGGCGAGAGCCUGGCCCCACGCCUCGGGCCCGGCCCCGGGCCGCCCACAAGCCCCAUGAGGUGUUUGUGGAGCUGAAUGAGCUGCUGCUGGACAAAAACCAGGAGCCUCAGUGGCGGGAGACAGCGCGCUGGAUCAAAUUCGAGGAGGAUGUGGAGGAGGAGACGGAGCGCUGGGGGAAGCCCCACGUGGCCUCCCUGUCGUUCCGCAGCCUCUUGGAGCUGCGCCGGACCCUGGCCCACGGGGCUGUGCUCUUGGACCUGGAUCAGCAGACCCUGCCUGGCGUGGCCCACCAGGUGGUGGAGCAGAUGGUCAUCUCAGACCAGAUCAAGGCCGAGGACAGAGCCAACGUGCUGAGGGCCCUGCUGCUGAAGCACAGCCACCCCAGCGACGAGAAGGACUUCUCCUUCCCCCGCAACAUCUCAGCCGGCUCCCUGGGCUCACUGCUGGGGCAUAACCACGGCCAGGGCGCUGAGAGCGACCCCCACGUCACCGAGCCCCUCAUCGGAGGCGUCCCUGAGACCCGGCUGGAGGUGGAACGAGAGCGCGAACCGCCUCCUCCAGCUCCUCCGGCCGGCAUCACUCGCUCCAAGUCCAAGAACGAGCUGAAGCUGCUGGAGAAGAUCCCUGAGAACGCCGAGGCCACAGUGGUCCUUGUGGGCUGCGUGGAGUUCCUGGCCCGCCCCACCAUGGCCUUCGUGCGGCUGCGGGAGGCAGUGGAGCUGGACGCCGUGCUGGAGGUGCCUGUGCCCGUGCGCUUCCUCUUCCUGCUGCUGGGCCCGAGCAGCGCUAACAUGGACUACCACGAGAUCGGCCGCUCCAUCUCCACCCUCAUGUCCGACAAGCAAUUCCACGAGGCGGACCCUACCUGGCGGAACGAGCGGGAGGACCUGCUGACGGCCAUCAACGCCUUCCUGGACUGGAGCGUGGUGCUGCCGCCCUCGGAGGUGCAGGGCGAGGAGCUGCUGCGCUCAGUUGCUCACUUCCCAGCGCCAGAUGCUCAAGAAAGAGGGGAGGAGCAGGGCCGGCUGUUCCCCGGGGCAGGGCUGGAGCCCAAGUCGGCUCAGGAUAAGGCGCUCCUGCAGAUGGUAGAGGUGGCCGGUGCGGUGGAAGACGAUCCCCUGCGGCGGACAGGCCGGCCUUUCGGGGGGCUGAUCCGAGACGUGCGACGCCGCUACCCCACUUACCUUGAGCGCUUCCGGGAUGCGCUGGAACCCAGUGCCUGGCCUGCUGUCAUCUUCAUCUACUUCGCGGCCUUCUUGUCUCCCGCCAUCACCUUCGGGGGUUGCUGGGUAAGGAGGGGCUUAGCCAGGGCAGAGCGGGAAGGGCAUGGGCUC